AUGACUUCCCUUCUUACAAUGGCUCUUCUCAGUCCACUCAACAGCUCUAUCAACUCUACUUGCAGGAAGGAGAACACAACAGGGCCAGGACUGCCCCACCCCCAUGCCUACUAUGCCCUCUCCUACUGUGCCCUCAUUCUGGCCAUCGUCUUUGGCAAUGUCCUGGUCUGUAUGGCUGUGCUGAAAGAACGUUCCCUGCAGACCGCCACCAACUACCUGGUGGUGAGCCUGGCUGUGGCUGACCUGCUUGUGGCCACCUUGGUGAUGCCCUGGGUGGUGUACCUGGAGGUGACUGGAGGAGUAUGGAAUUUCAACCGAAUUUGCUGUGUUAUUUUUGUCACCUUGGAUGUCAUGAUGUGCACUGCCAGCAUUCUAAACCUCUGUGCCAUAAGCAUCGACAGAUACAUAGCUGUGGUCAUGCCAGUUCGUUACCAAUACAGCUCUGGCCAGAGCUCCUGCCGGCGAGUUUCUUUCAUGAUCACCGUGGUCUGGGUGCUGGCAUUCGCAGUCUCUUGUCCUCUUCUCUUUGGACUCAACACAACAGGGGAUCCCAGUGUCUGUUCUAUCUCCAACCCAGACUUUGUCAUCUACUCCUCAGUGAUUUCCUUCUACCUGCCCUUUGUGGUGACUCUCCUUGUCUACGCUCGGAUCUACGUGGUGCUGAGACGAAGGAGGAGGAAAAGGAUUCUCACUCGGCAGAACAGUCAAUGCAUCAGCGUCAAACCUGGCUACCCCCCACAAUCUAUCUUUCUGCGGCGGCAUGCGAUUCGGCAUUUCUCAAUAAGGUCCAGAUUCUCCUCAUCAGAAACCACGGGGAAAACAGAACCUACUGAAGAAAAAGAAUACCCCCCUGGCUGUCAAGAUUCCCUUUUAACCCAUCUUCAGGCCACCUCUCCAGGAAGGGCCCACUCAUCUGAGAAACUACUGGCAGCAAUGGAACUGAAACGCUACUAUAGUUUUUGCCAGGAUGCCUCUUUGCCCAAGCCGGGACACCAAGACGAGGAAGGAGAGGCGAAAGGAGAUGGGAGGACUCUGGGAGGGCUCAGCCCCACCAUGGCUCCCAAGCUAGGCUUAGAGGUUCGGAAACUCAGCAACGGCAGAAUGAUGACUUCCCUGAGGCUGAGUUCCCAGCAGCCCCGGAGUGUUCCACUUCGAGAAAAGAAAGCAACCCAGAUGCUGGUUAUUGUUCUGGGGGCUUUCAUUAUCUGCUGGCUGCCUUUCUUCUUGACCCACAUCCUCAAUACUCAUUGCCAGGCCUGCCAUGUACCCCCAGAGCUCUACAGUGCCACCACAUGGCUGGGUUAUGUGAACAGCGCCCUCAACCCUGUGAUCUACACCACCUUCAAUGUAGAGUUCCGCAGAGCUUUCCUCAAAAUCCUGUCCUGCUGA